AUGGUGACAAGCACGCUCUCGGCCUCACUUGGGCGUGCGCUUCGCAGCGCAGCGCGCUCUCCCCGCCGCCCAUUGCGAUCGUUCGCGACUGCAGUCAACUACCCCCAGCUCCAGACGACGACACUCUCGAAUGGUCUCACUGUAGCGACGGAGAACCAUCCUCAUGUGCAGACGGCGACGGUGGGCGUGUGGAUUGACGCGGGGUCGAGGGCGGAGACGGAUGCAACGAACGGUACCGCUCACUUCCUUGAACACAUGGCGUUUAAGGGCACCAAGCGUCGCUCACAACGCGACCUUGAACUCACCGUGGAGGGCCUCGGAGCACACCUGAACGCGUACACGUCGCGCGAGCAGACUGUGUACUACGCCAAGUGCUUCUCGAAGGACGUCCAGAAGAGCGUUGACAUCAUCAGCGACAUCCUCCAGAACUCGACCCUCGAGGAGGGCGCUGUCGAGCGGGAGCGGGACGUCAUCCUGCGGGAACAGCAGGAGGUCGACAAGCAGAUGGAGGAGGUUGUUCUCGACCACCUGCACUCCAUUGCGUUCCAAAGUCAGCCUCUUGGCCGUACCAUCCUCGGACCUAAGGCGAAUAUUCUCUCCAUCAAGCGCGACGACCUCGCGUCCUACAUCAAGACCAACUACACUGCUGACCGCAUGGUCCUUGUCGGUGCCGGCGGUGUCGACCACGAUGCGCUCGUCAAGUACGCCGAGUCUGCUUUCUCCUCCCUCCCCGUCUCCCCCAACCCCAUCCCCCUCGGUCGCCUCGCGCACCCCAAGACGCGCUUCGUCGGCUCCGAGGUUCGCGUCCGAGACGACACCCAGCCCACAGCGCACAUCGGUGUCGCCGUUGAGGGUGUUGGCUGGAGCUCGCCCGACUACUACCCCAUGCUCGUCAUGCAGAGCAUCUUCGGUAACUGGGACCGCUCGCUCGGCGCCGCGGGCCUCAUGUCGUCACGCCUCUCGCACAUCAUCUCGUCCAACAACCUCGCGAACAGCUUCAUGUCCUUCUCGACCUCGUACUCGGACACCGGCCUCUGGGGCAUCUACCUCGUCACCGAGAACUUGAUGAACAUGGACGACCUCCUCCACUUCACCCUCCGCGAGUGGACGCGCAUGUCAAUGGCGCCCACCGAGGUCGAGGUCGAGCGCGCCAAGAGCCAGCUCAAGGCGAGCCUUCUCCUCACCCUCGACGGCUCCACCGCUAUUGCCGAGGACAUCGGUCGCCAGCUCGUCACCAGCGGCCGCCGCAUGACCCCCAAGCAGACCGAGUUCCUUGUAGACUCUGUCACCGUCGAUGACAUCAAGCGGGUGGCCAACAAGUACCUCUGGGACAAGGACUUCGCGCUCGCCGCGGUCGGCCCCGUUGAGGGUCUCCUCGACUAUAACCGCAUUCGCGCCGAUAUGUCCUCGCUGCUCUACUAG